CUUUUUUGGUAUCAACUACGGAGUAUCGAUCAACUAAUAUUGUCUAAUCAAUCAUUUCCCAAACAUCUUCAGGGUCGUGCCUACUGUGAGGCCAUUGAGGCAUGGGCCUCAGGGGCCCAAAAAUGUCAAAAUUUUGAGGGCCCAACAUUUUAGAUGUCUUUCUAUUAUAUAGAUAUAUUUCUAAUUAAAAAUAUAUGCCUUUGUUUAAUUCUGAUGGCUGCUGCGUUUGGAAACCGAAAUAGGCGACCUAUAGACCAAGUACGGAGUACCAACGAAGAUAGAAGAGGAACGACCGAACCAGUGUAGUGCGCCGGUGGCCAGUGCUUAAGUGUUGUGUGACUGCCGAUUGCCAAACCUGAGAAGAAGAAUUAGAAGAGUAAUUUGUUGAUUUGCCUUUGCCUUAUUGCAGACUUGCAGCACUCGGUCCGCUAGGGCAGGAGGCUUGGAGCAAUCAACCACCAAAAAUAAAAAAAGGUGGUAUAAUGGUGAGGAAAAAAGAUCCUCUUUGGGAGUACGCAGAUGAGCUUGAUAAUAAAUUCAAAUGCAGAUAUUGUCGGAAGGAGUAUUCAGGUGGAAUAGCGAGGGUAAAGUUUCAUCUUUCUGGACUCAGAGGCCAUGAUGUUGAAAUUUGUACUCAAGUUCCCGAUGAUGUUCAAGCACAAGCCUUCAUUGCUUUGGAAAAGAACUCAAAUAAAAGAAGCAAAAGUGCGAUCAGUACUCCCUCUUCUGGUAUGAACGAUAAUCCCUCUUCUUUCAUGGGUUUGCAACAAACCACGAUGCCUGAGAUGAUAAAAAAGAUGGAUAAAAGUGGUGUGGAUAAGUUGCUUACUAAGUUUUUCAUCAUGAAUAAUAUUUCUUUUAAUGUUAUUCAAAGUGAUUCCUUCAAGAACUUAGUGAAAGCCUUGGGUGAGUUUGGACCAACUUAUAGGUUACCUAGCUACACGACUUUGAGAACAAAGCUUAUUCCGGAAGCAAAGAAAGAGGUUGGUGAAUAUGUUAAGAAUGUAAAAAAAUCUUGGGAAAAAACUGGUUGUACUAUAAUGUCUGAUACUUGGAGUGAUCUCAAACAAUGGUGCUAUAUUAAUUUUAUUGCACACUCUCCUGGAGGUGCCGUAUUCUUGCAAUUUAUUGAGAUUUCUUAAGAGAGGAAAACAUGAUAUUUGUUAAAAGAAUUGUGUUCUAAAGUUAUUGAUUUACUUGGACCACAAUAUGUUGUUCAAUUUGUGACUGACAAUGCCUCGAACUUUGAAAGUGCCGGUGAGAUGUUAGUUGGAAAGUACCCCACCAUGUAUAAGACCAAAUGCGCUGCUCAUGGCAUUCAAUUGCUUUUUAAGGACAUUUAUAAGGAUCUUGAGUGGGUGAGGAGUGCUGUUGAUGAUGCAAAGUCAAUCCAGUCGUUUAUGUAUAGGCAUCAAAUUAUUACUGGAUUAAUGAGAGAUGCUACAAAUGGGAGGGAAUUGAAAAAACCGUGUGCCACUCGAUUUGCUUCGAAUUUUAUUGCUCUUCAAUCUGUUCUUGAGGUUGAGAAUGCAUUAAGGUUUUUCGUGGCAUCUCCUAUUUGGAGGGGUUUAGAGUAUACUAAGUCAUCUGAAGGGAAAAGGGUCACAUGUAUCAUUCAAGAUCCCGAUUUUUGGACGCGUGCAAAAGAAGUUAUUGAUGUUUUAGAGCCUCUUGUGAGAAUCCUUCGUUUAGUUGAUGGUGAUGGAUCCACUUCUGGGUAUUUAUAUCAAGCAAUGGAGAUGGCAAAAGAAUCUAUCGACUUUAAGAGUGCUUUGAACGAGGGUAAAUAUGGCCGCAUAAAGUUACUAUUGCAAAAGAGGCGAAAUGAAAAUAUUCUUCACCCCAUCCAUGCUGCAGCUGCCUUCCUUAAUCCCGCAUAUAUGCUUAGUGACUCUUUCAAGGAAAAUUGGGAGAUGAAACAAGGAACUAGUUACAUUUAUGAUAAUCUAGUUUCAGUGGCCGAAAAGGAGUCUUUUCUUGAGCAAGUGCAACUUUAUCGCAUGUCUUAUGCCCCUUUAUUCUCCUCAUCUGCCAAAGCAAUGCUAAAAACAUAUCAUCCUAG